AUGGCCCUUUGCGCCACCUGUCGAGACUUCGACAUCAAGAAAUUCAACUCUGCAUCAAACACUCAAUCCUUCGAGCUCACGCUCGUAGCCAUCGCGGCCUCGGAAGGCUGUCCCUUUUGCAAAUUCAUAUACGCGAAUAAACCUGCCCAUAAUGUAGCAUGGGAAAUGAGUACUUUAAGGGUGUAUUUCAAGAUGUUGACUCCGCCUGAUGUUGGAUAUGAUAUGUUGCCGCCAGGACCUGGAUUGCGGUUCACGCAACUGCAGGUUUGGGUAGGAGGCAAGGAAUCUCUUGUUAAAGGGAGGUAUCGUAAGGAGUUUAGAUUGGUUUCGGAUCCAGGUAGUGCAGCUGAACUAAGUGGAGAUAUCCCACGAGCGUAUAUUGGGAAUACUUCGGAUUCGGAAUAUCAGUUCAAUGUUCUGAGGCAAUGGCUAGUGGAUUGUCAAUCGCGGUCUCAUUUUGCUUGCAACACGACGAUCUCCGGAGAUGUCUUGAUCGAUGAUAAUUAUCACGUACCUUUGCCUUCACGCUUAAUAAGCGUGGGGUAUCCUGGCGAUAAAAUGGUUUAUUUGCGGGACACUGGGGGAGAGAAAGGUGCUUACAUUACUCUAAGUUAUGUCUGGGGUGGACCAGGAAGGAUACCGAAGACUACUUAUUCAAAUAUCGCAGAGAGGAAAGGCGGCAUCUUGGUCUCGAGCUUGCCAAAGACGUUCCAGGAUGUUAUCAUCAUUACCAGGAAGUUGAAUGUACCUUAUGUAUGGAUAGACGCCCUCUGCAUCAUCCAAGACGACGAGAAAGACUGGGCUCGACAAGCGGGCCAGUUGUCUAGGAUAUACCAGUUUUCUCUUUUCACCGUGGCAGCUACCGGAGCGGAAGAUACGAGCAGAGGAUGCUUCUUGGACCGAGUGCCGACAUCUGUCGAGAUUGUCCCUGUGAUAAGCCUCCCAUAUCGAACGAAAGAAGGCGUUGUUUCGGGGCGGUUCAUGGUAUUUGAGCAGCACAAGACAUUCGCAGAAGAGUAUGACCGCUUUGUUGAGAAAAGCCCCUUGCUGAAACGGGGUUGGGUAUUCCAGGAACGAGUGCUUUCGAGACGAAUGGUUCACUAUACCAAAGGGAAGAUUUUCUUCGAGUGUAGGACACAUAGAUUUAUGAAUGAGUGUCAGGAGGGUGUGGGCAAAGGCGAGACCCAGCUGGGAUUCUGGGGGCCAGAGAUCAAGGCGGGAACGAUGUUUCCAAAGAAGGAUCAGAAUCCGUUCGACUCUACUCUCAUGGGUCGUUGGUAUAUGGCUAUCAAAAUUUACUCGCAGUUAAGGUUGACGAAGACAAGUGAUAAACUUGCUGCAGUCGCGGGAGUUGCGAGGGAAUUUCAGAUGUUGUUCUCAAAAGAGAGAGAGGCGGCUGGGAAAACAAGCAGAGAUGGUUCGGCAUUGCAUACACCGCUUUAUGUUUCGGGUCUCUGGUCUCAUGAUCUCCUGUAUGGUCUAUCGUGGUAUCCGUCUAAGCCUCCGAAGCUGUGUAUUGCGGGCAACAAAGUUCCUUCAUGGUCUUGGGCGAGUUGGCAUACCCCAAUCGAAUGGCCGGGAGUCAUGACCUUCAAACCCGAAUGCAGGAUCAUUGUUCCAGAAAUGCUAGAACAGUACAAGAGGAUUGAGCCGAGUUCCGUGAAGUCGAGGCAGGGGGUGAAAAGCUCUGAACUUUCGAACUUCGAAGCGGACCUUCCACGAGGAAUCACUUUGGACACAACAAUGUCCUUUCUUUCGGAGCUCCAGGUCACUGGAAAGAUCCGAGAAGUGUGGAGGAGACCUCAAAAUGCCAAUUGUCUAACAAAUGAUGAGAGAAAGGAGUUCUCUGAUGCUUCGGAAAUGGGUGUGGUGGAGAGGCACUGGUUGCAGUACUGCCAUGCAGUGUAUUUUGAGAAAAAUGCAGCUAAGCCUGCCGGCUAUGGUUGUUUUGAGGAUCAUUGGCUUGCAAAGAGCGUGGAAUUAUUUCGUUGGGAAGAGACUGGCGCUGCACUGAAUGGAGGACUCGACGAAGCUGAAGCUACAGCUUUGUUGCUGUCGUUGAAGGAUAAAGGUUUGGGGAACAACAGAUCUGCACCAAUCAACCAGACUGGCGAUGAUUUGGAACAUGCGAUUGCGGCGUCGUUGGGGAAAGCAGCUUCAAAGAAAGGCGUACCUCACCAGGCUGACUUGGAUGAAGAGUUUAAUGACCAGUUGGCAAUUGCUCUUAUGUUGUCUGCUGAAGAGAGUUCAAUGAGUAAAAUUCCGAGUGGCGGGGCGGAAGAUGCUCAGCUGGCACAGAUGUCAUGUCAAGUGGCGGACGCUGAUGAGAGUACAAACAACCUCGAGCAACCUUCACCCUCGAUAGAUGCGAACACGAAGAUGGCUAACAACGCUCAUCUUACAGAAGAGCCAUCAGAAGAGGCUAUUCUCGCAAGAAACAACGAAAUUAAAGAACUAGUGCCUUCGCUCCCAAACACCAAUACCAAUCACCACGCAGUAGGCGGAAAGAACAAGCAGUUAGCAGUCAUUGAGGAGAACCCUCACUCAGUGCCAACUAUUUAA